GUCCCAUCGAAAAAUUCAAAAUAAAUAAAAACCAGGUUCUGGAAAGUGAACUGCUCGCUCGUUGAAAAAGGCUGCUGCUCUGCUGCGCCUUGUUUCGUUCCUGAUCCCAACAGAAAAAACAAACCAAACCCUAAAAACUUCAUUUUCUAGAGAGAGAGAGAGUGGACAGAGUCGGCAGUGUAAAGUGUAGAGGGGAGAGAGAGGCCUGACAAAUCGGCGACGGAAAAGAUGGCGUCUUCAAAACUAGUGUCGUCGUCGUCAAGAUCACGAAACUCGGAUCUCUCGCAACGCCCUUCUUCCAAUUCCCCCGCUACAAAACCCAAACCCUCAGCAACCCCAUCUUCCUCCUCCGCUCACCCCCAAACCCUGAACAACCACAGCAACGGCAUCAGUGAUUAUCACAGCACCAAUACGACGUCGUCCAUGCCAAUCGGCUCGAUGACCAUCGACGGCCUCCUCUAUGACCCGAACCCCACCCCCAUGACCGACGCAACCCUCCUCGACGCCCAAAUAACCCUAAUCAACACUGCCUCCGCCGCAGAAAUGAGCACCUCCUCUGCGGCGGUGCCGCAGAAGACCGUCGAUGAGGUCUGGCGGGAAAUUGUGUCCGGCGAGGCUCGGAAGGGGUGUAAAGAGGAGGUUCCGGAUGAUUUGAUGACUCUGGAGGACUUUUUGGCUCGGGCCGGGGCCGUGGAGGAGGACGACAUUAAGGAUAUGCCGCUUGCAAUGCCGCCUCCGGAGACGGAGAGAUUGAGCGGCGGUGUAUUUUCGUUUGAUCCGAUGCCGCAGCUCAGCCCGUUCAGUUCGAUUGAUAAGGUUGAAGGGUCGAUAAUUGGGUUUGGGAAUGGGGUUGAGAUGGUUGGGAGUGGAGGAGUGGGGAGAGGGAAGAGAGGGCGCGCCGUUUUGGAGCCUAUGGAUAAGGUGGCACAGCAGAGACAGCGAAGGAUGAUCAAGAACCGUGAAUCAGCGGCCAGGUCCCGAGAGAGGAAGCAGGCAUACCAAGUGGAGUUGGAAUCAUUGGCGGUCAGAUUAGAGGAGGAGAACGAGCAGCUUUUGAAAGAGAAGGCUGAGAGGACUGAGGAAAGACGUAAGCAGCUAAUGGAAAAAGUCAUUCCGGUUGUGGAGAAGCGAAGACCAGCCCGUGCCCUCCGGAGAGUUCACUCGUUGCAGUGGUAAGAAUGUAUAUGCUUGAGGUGUGACACAGAAGAACGUUGUUCCAAGGCAUAGGAGGAAAAAGUAUAACAUUGGACUUGGAAUCUGAGUGUCUCAAUUAGAUAUUUACAGCUGAUGAUUUAUCAUUUCCUAAGAGCUACUCUGGUUUCAUAGAGAUUGCAACCUGAGUCAUGAAAGGGCAUUCCUUGUGACUGAAGAAAAAGAUGGAGUCAACGAGGGAGAUAGAGGUAGGGAGCCUUAUGAUGUAUGUAGUUAAAGAGGUAAUGAAAACCUUGUCUCCCCCGGUUAUUUAUUCAAGGGUGAUGCAGAGGAUCCAGAAUUAGUUUAUUAUGUUUAGAUGGCUUUAUUAUACCUAUUCGGAAAUAGAUAAAGAUCGAUGGUUAGUAGUGCUAGGGUGCUAUGUUUAUAACUUUAAGGAGACCUUGCAUUUUAGUUCCUUACUAGAGACCCUUUGUUCUUUUCCUUUUUUGUCAAGGAAAGGAGGGGAGAGGGAUUGGACAUAUGUAUGCCCUUUUACUUGGAAGCAAAAUUUCUUUUUUAAUAUAUUUAUUGUUGUUAUAAUUCCCAAUAA